CAGCUACUUAACUCCUCUUGCUUCUUAUCUUCACUCGUCACCAAUAUAACACUAGCCAUGGGAGAGGGAGAAGCAAAAGCUGAGCAUGCAGCCAAAGCAGAUCACAAGCAUGCUCCCUCCGCUUCUUCAACGCCGGAGUCUUACUCCAAAGACGGCGAACGACGACGAAGAGGCCGAGACGCUUACCGCGCAUUCUGCGCGGCUAUCUUUUCCAUCCUCGUCUUACUAGGAAUCAUCGCUUUAAUACUCUGGCUCGUCUACCGUCCACACAAGCCACGCCUCACCGUCGUCGGUGCCGCCAUAUACGACCUCAACUUCACGGCGCCGCCGUUAAUCUCAACCUCCGUCCAGUUCUCCGUCUUGGCCCGAAACCCGAACCGGAGAGUAUCCAUUCACUAUGACAAGCUGUCCAUGUACGUUACAUACAAAGAUCAGAUCAUAACGCCCCCGCUUCAGCUUCCACCGCUUCGUCUAGGACAUAAAUCUACUGUGGUGAUAGCUCCGGUGUUGGGCGGUGCCGGUGUACCGGUUUCGCCGGAAGUUGCUAACGGGUUGAAGAGUGAUGAAGCUUACGGUCUCGUUUCAAUGAGAGUGGUGGUUACAGGGAGGCUACGUUGGAAAGCUGGUGCGAUUAUGACUGGACGGUAUGGAUUUUAUGCAACGUGUGGUGUGUGGAUGAGAUUUAAUCGAUCUUCUAAUGGUCAAGUUCCUCUUCUCGCUCCUUCAACUUGUAAAGUUGAUGUCUAGUUUUUAUUUUAUUUUGUAAUGGUUUUCUUUUACAGUUGUGUUUAAGAAAGAAGUAAAAAGCUAGUUUUAAAGUUAAGAUAAAUCGAACUUGUAAAUUUUUGUUGUUGUCUUUUUUUCUUUCCAGUCAUGUACUCAUGUUAGUGUUUAGGUCUGCCUCGACACUCGAGUUCUAGUGUAAUUGUGUAAGCUUUUCUCUUAUCUUGAGAAUAAAUCCAGAGGCAUAAGCCAGGCAUUGUAGUUA